AUGGCUUCAAUGGCCAUUAUUCCAGUUAAGCUAGGCCAGCGAGUGCAAAUCGACAUCGCCGGCGCCAAGUCGUUCAAGCGCUCCUACGCAACUGGGGUUGAGGAGACGUUCAAGAUUUGUGCGGAUGAGAAGGACCUGAGCCCGAAAUGUACGCAUUGGAGUGAUAAGAACGGAAAAGUGCUGACGGAAACCUCACGCAUCCGUGGCUUCAAAAAUGGCACGCUCGUGCUUGAGAAAAUUGUCCUGGAAGACCUGGCGAACUACUGGAGCCCCGAGAAGCAGAACAUCGAGACCAAGCAUUCGGAUGGAAGCGUGUCGUCCGUCCUGGGACCACUAGGCGAGCGCGUCCAAAUCCACAUUGAGGGCGCCAACUCGUUCAAACGCACCUUCCAGACCGGUGUGGAGGAGUUCUUCAAGAUCUGUGACGACGAGAAUGACUCGAGCCCGAAGUGUACGCACUGGAGUGACAAGGACGGAAAAGUGCUGACGGAUACUACACCCGUCCGCGGCUUCAAAAAUGGCACGCUGUUGAUUGAAAAAGUGGACCUCCGAGACUUGACCGAGUACAUGAGCCCGGAGCAGCAGUUUAUCGAGACUAAUAAGCAUGCCGAUGGAAGUGUCUCGGGCGUCCUCGGGCCCGUCUACACCGUGUUUCUUCCUCGCACCCUCCGCAACGGUGACGUCCAGCUCUUUAAAGUCUGCGACGAUGAGAAGGACCGAAGCCCCAAGUGCACCCGGUGGACCGAUUCAAAGGGCAAAGUCCUCUCCAACACCUCGCCGAUCCACGCGUUCAAAAACGGCACUCUGGUGAUUGAGAAAGUCACCAAGGAGGAUCUGGCCAGCUACACGAGCCCUGAACUUGACGCGGCUGCGCUGAAGAAGGGCCCGGCAGGCGUUGCCGUUUCCGGACCUCAGCUUUCGCUCGUCGAA